AUGCCGCUCCGCCAGUUCGACGAGAUCGUGGCCCAGUCACAGGCUGCCCGUGCGCCGGACCGCCGCGGCGAGGCUGAGGCCGAGAUCGUGAAGGAAGCACCACAGGAGGCCGUGCCGCGCAAGGACCCGGACCCGCUUGGCUCGUCAACACUUUUGUGCUGA